AUGCCUCUAUUUAUUCGCGGAUACUCCCAGCGAAGCAGGAGGCAGUCGUCUCUAUUUGCCAUCUACAAGCUGUUCUCUGGAGACUCAGAGCCAACAAUGGACAUCAGCGGCAUCGCAGUGAUAACCGGCGCCGGAUCAGGCAUCGGCAGAGCGUGCGCACGCACAUUCGCAAGAGACGGCGCAAAAGGCCUCGCCCUCCUCGACGUGAAUCAAUCCGGCCUGGCAAUCGUCAAGGCCGAAAUUGAAAAACAGCAACAAGGCAAGCCGCCCUGCCGAAUCGAGAUCUACGCCGUCGACGUCUCGGACGAAAACAGCGUCAACCAAGCCAUCGCCGGAAUAGCCCAAACCUUCAACCGCAUAGACUACGUCGUCAACGCCGCCGGAAUAGCAAUGAAACACCAAGGCGGCGCGGCCUUCGCCGAAACAGCCGACUGGCAACGCAUCGUCAACAUCAACCUGACAGGGACGUUCUUCGUGCUGCGCGCAGCAGCCAAGAUAAUGCUGCAGCAGGAACCGAUCCGGUCGGCCAUCGACGGGCGACCGUUGCAGCGCGGUUCGAUUGUGAAUUUUGGGUCCAUCCAGGGCGUUGUUGGGGUGCCAUUGUCGACGGCUUAUACGGCAACGAAGCAUGGGGUCAUUGGACUUACGCGGACGGCGUCGGAGGAUUACGCUAAGGAUGGACUGCGUAUUAAUGCGAUUUGUCCGGGUUACACGGAGACGCCUAUGACGACUCAGUCGCCGCUUAUUCGGCAGGCGAUGGAGGAGAGGGUGGGUAGUGCUGUGCCCAUGCAGAGGAUGGGGAGGCCGGAGGAGAUCGCGGACGGGGUGGUAUAUUUGGCUGGGGGGAGGAGCUCGUUUGUUACGGGGACGACGCUGUUUGUGGAUGGGGGUUAUACGCAGCGAUGA